CCACAUUUCCACGUCUCUCUCUGUCAGGAUCGGGAUCUGGACUGUAAACUGGAGGAGGUGAGACGAGCUGGGCGGAGCCUCCCUGAGCUGCAGGUCAUCGAUUGGCUCAUCCAGCUGCUGCUCGGCCUUCACUACAUGCAUGAAAGGCGGAUCCUCCACCGGGACCUGAAGGCCAAGAACGUCUUCCUGAAACGAAACCUCGUUAAAAUCGGUGAUUUUGGCGUUUCCUGCCUGCUGAUGGGGUCAUGUGACCUGGCCACUACCUUCACAGGGACGCCGUACUACAUGAGCCCAGAGGUGCUGAACCACCAGGGAUACGACUCCAAGUCCGACAUCUGGGCUCUGGGCUGCCUCCUCUACGAGAUGUGCUCCCUGACUCACGCCUUCCAGGGUCCCAACUUCCUGUCUGUGCUGAUGAAGAUCGUGGAAGGAGAAACCCCGGCGCUGCCCGCCGGAUACUCUCAGGACCUGAACUCUGUCAUGCAGAGGAUGCUGCAGAAACCACCAGCAUCCAGACCGUCAGCUGCAGAACUCCUCAAGACCAAGUUCAUGGAGGGACACAUGAAGAACAUGAAGGACAGGUUUGUCUUUGUGUCGUCAGAUGGAAAGAAAGACGCUGAACUCAUCGCCAAGAACAUGCAGACGAAGGUUCACCUGCAGACGCUGAGAGAGAAGUCGGAGGUGGAGAAGAUGACGCCCAGAGAGAGAAUGAGGCUCCGCAAACUGCAGGCUGCUGACGAGAAGGCCGGGAGACUCAGGAAACUGGCGGAGGAGAAAUACGAGGAGAUCCACACCCGCAGGAGGGAACUGAGGAGCCGCCAUUUUGAGAAAGUCAGCCUGGAUGUUCUGAAUGAGAGCAGAGAGGACGGCGCCUGUCACAGCCUGCCAAUCAGUAUCCAGGAUGACGGGUCACCAGGCGGGUCGCAGCCAAUCCAGGAGCAGGAUGACAGCGAAGCGUCAGAGUCUGAGCUGCACGAUAUCCCAGAGGACCCUCAGGCUGCAGAAGUUUAUUACAACCAGGACGGAUUUGAUUCCUGUUCAGAAGACGAAGAGACAGAAACACCCGCAGAGACACUUUACCUGUCUGACCCACAGGUCAGUGAGCUGGAGGCCAUGAUGAAGCACAUGCAGAAAGUUCUGGAAGAAGAGCUGAGUGGAGACCCAGCGGAGCCUGAGGCCCCUCAGAGCCCUCAGGGACCCCUGAUGAUCAACAGCAGUCUGCUGGAGACCAGGAUCCAGCACCUGAGAGAGUCUAUCUGCAGCCGACUGGGCUCAGACAUCUUCCAGAAGCUGUACGAGGACCUGAAGGAGGCCAGGCGGCGGCGGCAGCGGCAGGAUGACGACGAAAGCGUCACCGAGGCUCUGAAACACCUGCAGGACCAACCUGACGAUGGUUUCCAGGUGGAUCAGCUGCUGUUCUACGAAGAGGAGCUGCAGAGAGCGAGACAACAGCAGCAGGAGGAGAGACCGCCCGUCUGACAGGAACAAUCUGAGGAGGAAACAGAUUUGUUUGUAAACUGUGAACAGUAAUAUCAAUUAAAAACACAAUAAAUACUAAUGAUACUU